AUGGCGGAUCUAAAUAACUUGCAAUCAUUUAUUUCUACUCUACCUGGGAAUGGCUUUGAAUAUCGGUUCAGUUUCUCUCCACCCAAAUCCAGUUUCCCGUUCAGAUCGCUCUCUUCUGCUCGAACUCAACUUGAUCUCUUGGAACAGCUGAGCUCUUCCACUGAUGGUAAUGCAAUUGACGGGGAAUCAAAUCGAUUGACAAUUCGCGAACAACUCAUGCAAUUGGUGGGAGAUAGAGAAGGCGAGGAUUUCAGCAUUCUGUUGGGUAAAAAAAAUCUAAAGAAGGUGAGUGCUACUUUCUUAACCAUUUCACAGAAGAGAAACAUCAAAAGAAAAGCUUACUUGGAUGAUGUUUCUCAGAGGAACGAUACAUUUUUCUUCUCCACAAUUGCAGCCUUUGUAAUUAUUCCACCUAUCAUCAUAUUAGUGGUAGCUGUCUCAACUGGUUAUGUGCAACUUUUACCAUGA